CUUGCAUCCUCUUGUCACAGCAAAGCUUUCCCGUGACCGUACGUAUGCGCAUGUAUAUACUCAAAGUUAAAACUUGAUUUAUCAAUAAUAGUAUGCGUGCGUAUUUCGUCUCGGCUUUCCUUGUAGCCUCAACGGGGCAUUAGUAGUGUUUCGUGGUGCUCGAGAGUUGGAGAAGUAGCGGGUGUCUGGACCGCCAAGUGUAUUUCGCGCGUAAUAAGGGGGCAACAUCCGUGAAAAGUGGAAAGGAUGUUCGAUAAGGUCUCACGCGCCAGGUCGUUGCCCAUCAUCGUCAUCGGCGAGGAGGAAGAGGUGGAGGAUCGGAGUCGUCGACUAGUCGAGUGCAAAGGGACGAGCCUCCCCCGGACGACUGAACCACCUUAUCCACGUCCUCGUUACGGUCGUUGCUGCUAGUACCGGCAGCCAAUAUAAUUAUGGCCAUCUCGAGCUGGAUGAUUUGGAAUCGAAGACUUCGUUCGAGAAAGCCUCAAAGACGUAGACAUGAUCACGAGGACAACUGCGUGGAGCUCGACCUGUCAAAAGAUUUGAAAGAUAAUAUAACAGAGACUUUGGUCAAUUUAUGUCAACAAAAUGGUAUGCCUGGUGCCAAAAAGUUGGCAUAUCUCAAUGCUAUUACUAAACUUGUUAACGAAACUGAUGCUCCAGAUUAUGGAUACAGUGCGGAUGAAUUUUUUUGUUGUUUACGCGUGGGACUUGUGCACGAAGCGACGCAAGUCAGAGCAGCCGCUCUCAGAGCAGUACGAUAUAUGCUCAGAAAGGAACAAGAUGUUAUAGCAAUUAAUAAGCUACAGUAUCCAUAUUUCAUUGCUCGCAGUAUGGAUGUCAACAUACGCAAUGAAAUGGAAAGGAUACAAGCCUUAAGACUUAUCAGGAGAAUCCUCGUCCUAGCUCCGAAACAUUUUAGUCCAGCACUAGCUCGAUCACUUAUUAGCAUUAUUAGUGGAGAUGUAGAAGAGAAGGACCGAGCUUUUCGCGUGUUCCUAGCCGUGCUUUGUGAGCUCGGCGUGUUAAACUCGAACGUCCUUAUAAGUUGCGGUGGUAUUGGUGCAUUGGCGCGCGCUACCACGACUGGCCAGAGUCCAGCGAUUACGGAGGCAGUCGUCGGCGUCCUUCUACGACUGCUCGCCAAUCCGGAAACGAGGAGCAGUGUUUCGCUCCUGUGUCUCGCUGCUCCCUACUGCGAGCUCGAAUCCGUCAACCUAGAACGGCCUAAAAAAGAAUUGGAUCAGAGAUUUGGCAGCAGCAAGCACGCGCUGCUCAGCGUACUAAGAUCUUAUUCUGGUCUACUGCACUUUUGCCAUCCAAACGAGAAUUCGGGCCUCAAAGCAAUUUCCGAUAUCUUAUACGUCGAGCAGCUUGAGGUAAGAGGAGCUGUUUUAGAGCUUCUAUACGAAUUAUUGGGACUACCUUUACCGGCGUGGACCGAUGAGCCCGACGUAGCUCUUGCAGCUGUUGAUCCGAGUCGUUUUAGGGAUUCCUGGAAAUUGUCGGAAGGUUUUGUCGCGGCUGAGGGCAGAACUAUUUUGCCUCCCUUAACAGCGCACUGUCCAAACAUAACGGAAUUGCAUUUAGCUUUAUUAGUAUAUAUUUUAUUAGAAUGUGGAUUACACAGAGCACUAGCUGAAACUAUUCUUUCCUCUGACACAUUCAUUUCUGUAAGAGCAGCGGUUCUUCUUGGAGCACUGCUGCAUUUAGCACAUUCGCUUCUUCCUCCUGAGGUCUGCGAUCUGACACCGCCGCUGCCAAAUCUCCUAGAGCAUGCGAGCGCGGGUCGUCAUCAGGCUCUCGCAGCCGUCGCCAUACUUGGGCGCAUGCACGCGAUGAUGCGUCGCCGACCGACGCCGGCCAGCCUCUUCAUGGACCGACUCCUGCAGGCGGGAGCCUGGCUGAGGCCCGGACUACCCCGUAGCCUACGACGACAGUCCUCGAUACGUCAUUGGUUGCGCCGCGAGUCGCCCCUUUCGCAGAUGUUUAAAGAUUCACAGGUGCUCAGCUCAAAGGAUGCACUCGCCUGGAACUGGUCGGCAGUCAGGUCGAUACUUAGGUCUAGGGACAACGCGUUCAGGCUGCUUCACGAUUCCGAUCAUCGCAUGUUCAUCAAGAAACUCGUUAGAUAUUUUAAGCCAUCAUCGAAUCAAUACAGUCGAAUCGAAUUGGCGACAUACGCUUUAAUGGCUCGCGAGGCAACCUUAGCCGGCUGUGAACUAAUCAAUCUCCUUCUGGAGCUCCACGAACCUGACGGCACCCGCUACCUCAACGAACUCAUAGGUGACGUGGCUGAGCAAAUAAUGUCCAUCCGACUGGCUCAAUCCGCGCAUGACUGUCUCUUCUCUCCUCGCCACGUGUCCACCAGCUGCUGUCAAAAGUACUUUCUGUUCAUCGGACAGCUGAGUCACUCUGUGCGCGGUACCGACGUCCUCCAUCGCUUUAAUCUUCUCGAGAAUUUACAAGACCUUGCCAUGGCGACCAAACACGACUGCUACGUCAAGCUCAUAAUAUCAAGUCUGGAUUAUACGAGGGAAGGUCCUAAUCGGAGAGUCAUGACUAAGAUAGUACAGGAUGCGCCCCUCGAGAGCACGCGAAUGUACGCUACGCAGUUUCUCAGGAUUAUAUUGAGGGUCAGGAUAAUGGGUGCGCAUCAGUGGGCCAUUAGAUUGCUAUUAAAUAGACUGAACGACAGUAGCAGGGUUGUGGCGUUUGCGGCACUCGAAGCACUUCAUGAAGCUUGCGAAGAGCUCGAGUAUCUUGAAAUCUUGCUUCAGAAAUCAGAGGAGAAGUGCAUGGUAAAUUGGGACGAUUGGCUGCGUAAUCUCGGCGAUCGUGGCUACCUCCUGAAAAUCCGAUUGUACUCGCUCCGCUCAGCUUUCGGUUCGCUGCCGUCGCCAGCGGAGGAGCUCGAGAAGUGGAUGAAAUCGGGAGGUCUCGCGGAACGUUACGCAGGCCUUGUCGAGCGCGAAAUCCACGACUCUUUAACUCGUCGGCAACGCGGCGAGAACGGUAGCUACCUCAGGCGCACCAACGGUAGCAGCGUCCUCCCUAAGGACGUAUUCGUACCGCCACACCUCGUUGGUCAGCUCGUGCAGCACGAGCUCGGAUUGCAGCUGCUGCUCAGACGGAACGUACUCCAAAGGUGCGCGAGGAUCGUCCAGCGUUUCAGGAUAGAGUGCAACAACGGCGGCGGUAGCUCGGCCCAGGGCAAGGACUGUCCAGGUUCAAAGGAGGAUGGCAGGGGCGAUGAGAAGAAGAACGACCUCGAGUGUAGCAGGCUGGAGACAAUCGUCGACUCGGAAAGUACCGAUCGGUUAGAGACCCGCGUGAGUCAGAAGACCGAGUCACUGGUCGAGGUCAAAAGGAAGCUCAGUCAAGACGACUCGAGGAGGACGACGCCGGAGAGAAGCUGGAGAAGCGAGCUCGACUCACGCGAGGAGAACGUCUACGGCCUCGAAGGUCGAUUAAUGAAGGUAAAAUCAGCGCUUUGGGCACUGGGUCACGCGGGUACCUCGUACGCCGGCGUCGAGCAGCUGAGCAACCACGGCAUGGUUGAAUUGCUAACCUCCAUGGCAGAAUCGUGCGCCUACUACUCGGUACGCGCGACCGCCAUGUACGCACUAAGCCUUGUAAGUAGCAAUCGCGCGGGUGCGGACGUCCUCAUCGGCCACAAUUGGCCUUGUGUGCGCUACAAGAGGGGCGAAUAUUGUCCGAUCGUCCAACCGAUAAGCGGCGGUGCUCGGGGUCAGCGAUCCCCGAGUCCUCUGCCAGUACAGCGUCACCAUCGCAGCCUCAGCGACGGGAAGCCCGAGCUGUCGGAGACGAUGGCUAAGCGCCAGAGGAACAGGUCUGAGAGCGCCGCAACUGACGUCGACUCCAGGAGAUACGCCCUGCCGGAGCGAGGCGAGACGCCCAGUCCUCUUUCUAGUGUACAGCGACUCAGCCAACAGGACGCCGAGGGUUACGCCAAGCUGAGGAGCCUGCAGCGACAUCGCAGACCAAGCUACUCACAUAGCAGUCUUGAGAUGUACAGUUUAGAUGGGAGGCUCUCGUUACAAAGUCUGUCAGAGUUCGAAUCCUCCCGUAGCUGGAUUGCUGAUACAGUACUCGCACCAGAAACCCCGCCACCGCAAUCCUCAAUCGCAACGUCGACGAUUCAGGACAACAGCGAUAAUCCCCAAUACAUGGGCAUCAGUCUGCCACGAAAACUCAGCUCGAUAUUUUCCGAGAUUACACCCUCAAAUACGCUCCUCGAGAAGACCAAGUCUCGAUCUUACUAUGAGUCUAAGCGACUUCAGAACGUUAGUGCGAGUGAAUCGUCGAUAUUGCACGAAGACGGAAGAUCGUCAACCCGAUUGCUUCGCACCGACAAGCACCAGCAGAACCCAAACGAGAGCGACUCGGAACGUCUGUCACCGAUCCCCGCGAUAGUGCUCGAGAGCAGGAUGAAGACGGGCUCCGAUGAGGUCACGACGACAAACAGACUGAGCAUCAACGAAAGCGACUCGGAGUAUCCCAAUUCCCAAAAUUAUCUUGCGCUGCCAGAUGAGAAGCCCAAGCAAAGGACGAUCUCGACGACGAGGCAGAACGCAAGCGAUAUGGACGAAGAAUCGAGCUCCGAAUACGAGACGACGAGCGAUCAUUCCCGAUUGUGCCUCGUAUGCUUUCGUGAGAGGAGCAUCUCCAACGACUCGGUUGGUGCCGAACAAGACUCCCGCCGACCCACUGACAAGACUCGAAAAGAGAUUUUAAGGCAUACGCAGCGUUUAGCGAAUCCAGUUUUUUAUAGACAUAGUCGACAGACGCUACUUAGACUAAGGCAACAAUAUCCUAAUAUUUUUCAGGAUGUGUGUAUAUACUCCGAGGUAGCCGCUCACUUGGCAAAUAAUACCUACAGAAUACAAGCGAGGCGAUUCCUUCAAGAAUUGUUCCUAGAUUCUUCAUUCAAUGCACUCUACGAGGAACCGACGGUAAUUCUUAAAAUGACUGUGAAUAAAGUAGUGGAUAGGCAAGUCUCGCCUCAAGUUCCUAUAUCGAAUGCCGCGGACGUAAUGAGUCCAACACAGAAGCCGUCUAGACCUUUGGAGGCGAAAAUAAAUGGAAGACUUGCGAUAUCUUCGGAGCCGCAAACCGAUCAUUUAUCCGUGGUCACGGAGGAAAGCUCGACGACCUUGAUCGAUUCACCGAGCAUCGUCAUCGUCAAAUCUCAGAUACCGUCUAGUGGUGGCUUGCGAUUGCUCACGGAACAGCGUCUCAGUGAUGAGAAAAUCAUCGCCGAAAUCCUAAAACCCGAGGAACGGAUCCGCGUCUCGAAAAGUUCCGACAAAAUGUUGAAAGCUGCGGGAAUCAAUACAACCAUCAACCUCGACUAGCUGCUUCGUACGAUAUUUCAAAUUCUGUACAUAUUUUAUAUUUCAGAAAGUAGGCAACUGUAAUUGUAAAAUAAAAUUAAGCAAAUCACUGCCGCACUCUUGUCCUUUCUAUCAUAUUAACCGUGUCAUUUUCGUAUU